AUGAAGGAAGAGGAAGGGGCGGCAACGCCUUUAACAGCAAUUGAAGAGAAACCAGCACCAGUAGAGGGAGGGGCGGCGACGCCUUCAGCGAUGAAGGAAGAGUCAGAAUACGCACCUUUAUUGGCACCUUGUUCAGAGGCGAAGGAAGAGGAAGGGGCGGCGACGCCUUCAGCAGGCUUAGAGCAAGUGGCGAAGCCUUCAGCAGGCUUAGAGGAAGCGGCGAAGCCUUCAGCAGGCUUAGAGCAAGCGGCGAAGCCUUCAGCAGGCUUAGAGGAAGCGGCGAAGCCUUUAGCUGUCUUAGAGCAAGCGGCGAAGCCUUCAGCAGCCUUAGAGCAAGCGGUGAAGCCUUCAGCAGCCUUAGAGCAACCGGCGAAGCCUUCAGCCGCAUAG